AUGCUUAAGCACAAUCAAGAUUACAUAAAGAGAGAAUAUUUAUUUUAAAAGUAACUUUAGCAUACUUAAAAAGUCGAUAAAAUAGAAACAAAGUUAUGCAUUCAAGUAUCUGACAUAACUGAAGAGUAUCUAGAUUAAAGAGAAAAUACUAGUUAAUUAAAUAGUACUUCAAGAAGUCCAAAUCAAUUAGAAUAGAUUACUAUAUCAGAAAUUAGCAUUAAUUGGCAAAAUAUUUUUACUACUACAGCUCAAAACAUUGCUCAAUACUUAUUAACAAAAUAAUAAAGUUAAUUCAACCUUAAUCUAAUUGUUCAAGGUAGCUAAUUAUUUAAUGAAGAUUAAUGUUUAAAAAAUUGUAAAUAAAUCAAUAAAUAUGUUUACUUCAAUUGCCUUAGCUUGAUUUAGAAUAAAGAGAGUAUUGAAAUAGAAUAAUUAGAUCUUCAUUUAGAUUUCAAUAUAAUCUAUUCAGAGGCAGCUACAGUUAUUAAAAAUAUGUUGCAUAAGUUCAAAAGUAAUAUCAAAUUAAAGCAUAACUUCAAUUCAUGCAACAUUUUUGAUUUUGAAACUGUUAUGAGUUCUAUAGAUAAACCUGUAAACAUGUUCAAAAUCGAUAUAUGCUAAAUAUCUAACGGAUAUAUUUAUAAGGAGGGAGCUUAAGAGAUUGCAAAUACUUUAGCAAAAUGCUAAAAUGCCAGUUAUUUAAGCCUUUUGUUAGAUUGUAACAAUACGACACAUUAAAUAACUAAAAUUAUUGCAAAUAGUUUGGAAAAAUUAGAAGAAAUAACUUAAUUAAGUCUCAAAAUAUUUUCAAACAAAAUUCGUAUUUAAGGAGCUAAGUAUAUUUUAAACACUAUUAAGCACUUUAGAAAGGUUACUUAAUUAGAUAUUGAUUUAAGUAAUAAUUAUAUAACAGAAGAAGUAGUUUAAUGUUUUGCAGAUUCUAUAUUAAAUUGCCAAAAUAUUACCACAUUUAAUCUUUCCUUAAGUAAUAGUUCAAUUGAUGCAGCGGCCAUUAAACAUAUUGCUAAUUCAUUGCAAAAGCUCAUAAAUCUUUCUUAGUUACAUCUUAAUUUAUACUAAAAUUAAAUUGGUAUAGAUGGUACUCGUUAUAUUACAGGAGUUUUGAAUUAUUGCAAUAAUCUUAACUAGCUAAGCAUAGAUUUAGGUGAGAAUGAUAUUAAAGAUGAAGGAGCAAGUAUUAUUGCUUGGGGUUUGGAAAAAUGUGAAAACAUGACUUAUUUAAAACUUGAUUUAGCGAAAAAUGAUAUUUCAAGUGAAGGAGCUAAGAACAUUUCAAAUGCUUUGAAAAGAUGUAAUAAAAUCACUAGUUUAAAUAUUGAUUUUAAAAAUAAUUAAAUCGAUGGUAAAGGAUUAAACAGUGUCAUUAACAUUAUAUUUAAAUGUUAAAAAAUUACUCUCGCUUGUCUUAAUUUUAAUCAUAAUAAAAUUAAUGAGAAUCUAUCUUUAAAUAUUGAAAAUAAUGAUGAAAAAUCCCAUAAUAUCACUUAAUUUAGUCUUGAUUUGAGUGGUAAUACAAUCAGUCUUGAGUAAGCUUAGAAUAUUACACAUUGUCUAAAAAGAUGUAAAAAUCUAUAGAACCUAAAUCUUAGCUUGCUUGAUAGUAAUCUAGAAAAUGAGCUUUUUUUAAUAAUUUUCUUGUAAAAUUGUCAAAGUCUCACUAAAUAAAUAGAUUUAAGGAAAAGUAGAAUUUCUGCUAAAGAAGCUAAGAGUAUUGCACUUUUAAAUCACUAAAUUUUGGAUUAUUAAAUAGUCUCUGAAGGUAUAAUAGGUAUUACGAAUGCUUAGGAAAAGUGUCAAAGAAUUAGAAAAUUAAAUUUAAAUUUUUGUAAACUUGAAUAAGAGAGUGAUAUUUCUAAAAUUUUUUCAGGUUAUUUGUGGAAUAGUGAAAAUAUUAGUGAAUUAAGAAUUUAAUUUGAUGGUUAUACACAUUUCAAUAUUCUCGCUAAAAAUAUUUGCAACGUGUUGAAACAAUGUUAAAAUCUUACUCAACUAUCUCUUAAAUUCUUGGUUUGGAAUAAGGAAUAAGAUAUCAUACAUUUUCAUUAAAAUUUUUAGAAUCUCUCUGGUUAAAUAGAAAUAUUAUAAAAUCUUAGUAGACUAAAACUUAGCUUUAAAGGUCAUUAAAUUGAUGAAGAAGGAGCUUAUUAUAUCUCAAGAGCUUUUGUGAAAUGUUAAAAAAUUACUUAACUAAAACUUAAUUUUUGUGAUAAUUCAAUCAAAGAUAAAGGAGCUUAAAAAAUCGCAAGUGCUAUUGAAAAAUGUUAAAAUAUAACUAAUUUAAAUCUUAAUUUGGGGCGGAAUUAAAUAUAAGACGAAGGAGCUCAAAGCAUUUCAAAUACUCUGGAAAAAUGCCAAAAUAUUACAAAAUUAAGUCUUAAUUUAAGUGAAAAAAAAAUAAGUAAGGAAGGAAGGAAAGAAUAAUCUAAAAAUCGCUUUAGAAAGAAGUCAACACAUUAUAAAAUUAAAAUAUGA